CGGACACCUGGUGAAGUGGUCGCCUUAAUCGUCUAUUCAUCAGUUCAUUGACCAAGUUUGGACAGACCUUUUUGAAAGUACUUAAUCACCAAUCAUCCACUUUACAUUGUUAGGAAACCUCUCCUCCUCGAUAUCUCGGGUCAUGCGAUCAUCGCCAGUUUUAAGACGACUCGUUUCACUUCAAUCUCAGAUCCCAUCAUUGUCAUCUUCAACAUCAACAAGGUCGAUAACGAGAAUACCUAAUCAGACUCGCAUCAUGGCUCAUCAACAUCAUCAACAUCAUCAUGCCCACCACCACCACCACCAGGCCCCCGCCGCCGCCACCAAGUUCGACAUCAACACCUCGUACACCAUGAACUCGGGCCACAAGAUCUCGGCGUUGGGGUACGGGGUCUACCACACCCCCGCCGCCGACUGCGAGGCGGUGGUCCUGCACGCCUUCAAGACGGGCUACCGACACGUGGACUCGGCCCGGGCGUACCGCAACGAACAGCCGUGCGCCGACGCGAUCCGGGCGUCGGGUCUGAAGCGGGAGGAGAUCUUCUUCACGAGCAAAGUCCCGCCGAGGGCCAUGGGCUACGAGGAGACCAAGAAAGCCAUCGAGUCGUCCUUCUUCCAGACGGGCCUCGACUACAUCGACCUGUACCUGAUCCACGCCCCCUACGGCGGGAAGGAGGCCCGGUGCGGCUCCUGGAGGGCCCUCGCCGAGGCCCAGAAGCAGGGCAGGAUCCGCUCCAUCGGCGUCUCCAACUACGGCGUCCACCACCUGGACGAGCUCGAGGACUACAUAAAGACCUCCGGCGUCGGGGGCACGAUCGACGUCGGCCAGUGGGAGAUACACCCUUGGUUGCCCCGUAACGACAUCGUCGAGUGGGCCAAGGGACGAAACGUCGUGGUCGAGGCCUACUGUCCCAUCGUCAGAGGGGAGCGUGCCGAGGAACCGGUCCUCAAGUCCCUGUCCAAGAAGCACGGCAAGACGUGGGCACAGGUCCUGUUACGCUGGAGUUUGCAAAAGGGCUACGUGCCGCUGCCGAAGAGCGUCACCCCGACCAGGAUCGAACAGAAUGCCGACAUUUACGACUUCGAGCUGGACCAGGAAGAUAUGGAGAGCCUGGACAUGCCCAAUUCUUAUGCCCCUUGUAGUUGGGAUCCUACUACCAGCCACGAGUAGGGGGGUUGACCUGAUAAUGUACACGAGCGAUUUCCUAGACGGACCUCCAAUAUAAUUAGGCCGUCUCCGGGCACUCGGCUAAGACUCAGCAUUCUAGGCACUCACUGGGCUCCUCACUCUCGGAUCGGACAAAGUACGAGUCCACUGACCUGUCACAUCUGAUGUUAUCCAAGGUGUUCAAAGGCAUAUGUGAAUUCAAGUAAACAUCUUCCGAGACCCAUGAUCUGUCUGAGUCUCUUGGAUCAAGAAAAAAAAGAGACGAAUGAGACUCACGCAAGAUGUUCCGAACCCGUCUAGUCUGUCUACUGUACACAGAGAGAUAGAAAAGUCUACAUGAUCAUCAGAGACAUUCACGAAAAAGACAUCCCAGCCGACAACUGGGCAGGCAAGGAGUCGCAGGGUAUGGGGGAAAAUAAAGUGGCAUUCAUCAUUCAUCCAGACGUGUGUGAUACUGCAUUACCCGAGUCCCAAUGUUCAAUAUCCAUAUGUCCAUAUCUCAUCCCUCACAAUCUCAUAGUCUCCACCACUCGUUCCAUAACACUGGAUCUUUACGAAUCAGUCGAGUCUCUCUCGUCUCCACCUCUUACCACCGUCAAGGCAUCCCCAUCCUCUUUGUCGACCUCUCAUUCAUGCCCCAGGCGCUACUACUCCCAUCGUGAACCGUCGUCCGACGCAUGUCCCG